GUGGAGCUUUGCUCUCGCUCAGCCUGUGCCGCUGCUGUCAGUCCCGGCUCCAGCCGCCGCCAGACCUUCCAAUAGAGCCACUGAGCAGAGCGAGCCGGGAAGGCGGAGAAGGAGGAGGAGGGGCUGACCAUUUUGCAAGUGCCUGCCUGGGACAAGGCUGCUCCAGGGUGCGCCAGGGUGCCGAGGCGUUUCACUUUGUUUUCGUUCUGGAGACCAGAGGAGGAAAAAAAAAAAACCAAACAAACCCAACCCGUAUAUAAAAAUGGGGAAAUGCUGGCUGUGAAACGGACCAGGAAUGUGUGUGCACUUGUCUGGCCGCCCGUUUAGCAGAGGAGCUGAACAGGAGCAGGACGGGUUGAAGCACACAGAGACAGAGAGUGGGAGUGUGUGUGUCUAAGACAGGGGAUCUUGCAGACGCUGGGAGAGGAGGAUGGGAACUCCCCUUCUCCUGGUUCCUUUUAAUGAUUGGAAAUAGGUAUUGAAUGGAGGAGCUGCAGUCUGCAUUUGCCUUGGAAGAUCGUCAAGAGGAGCUAACAAUUUGGCUACUUUCACCAGAGAAGGGGGUGUCCUUCGUUACGUGGUAGGAAAAAGGGAGAGAUCAGAAAUCUCAAGGGUGACUUGAAACUGUGGCAAAGCCAAAGGGAGAGAAAAAAAUCGAUCCCUUCAAAAAAUAAGGGGGUUCUAUUAAGCAUCCGUACGCAAACUUACUUCAAUGCCUUGUAGCCAGUUUAGCAAGGAAACCCCAGACCGGAGGAGUCCUACAUGUGUGAGCACCAUUAUUAAACUGGCAGACCAACCGACAGCCGCCUUCUUUUCUUACCAACAUCCUUCUGGGACUGAUCUCUCUCCUUUGGUCUAACAUCUGAUCAUAUCUGGUACAUAUUUUUCCUCCAUCUGCUGGGAUUUUAAAUAAAUAAAUAAAUACGAAUUCCUAUUAGGGCAUCUGAAAUUCAAUGGGACUGAGUAGGAGCAAGUGAAAUUUUCACAGACCGUUUACAAAAAAUAAAAAUAUAAAAAAUGUGGAUGGGAUUUGUUAGGAAGGAAAAUAACAGGUAAGAACUUUCUUUCUUUCCCGUACUUUAAUGCCCAAAGCAGAGAAAUCUAAAGCAAAAACAGCCAGGGAACAGAGACCAGUUUGCCCUUCAGUGUUUCCUCCAUCCUGCACAGAGGCUGCUUUAGGAGAGGCACGGUCCUUCAGGACAGACACAGAAAACCCUUUGAAAAAGCGGCGAGGGCUGGCUGGGGUGGAGGGUGUUUUUUCACCUGCACCAUCCCCGGUGCAGCCGGGUGGAGCUGAUACAUGAGAGAGAAGAAUACGAGUCAAUAUUCUAUUUUCUCUUUUUGUUAAGCCAAGGGAUAGGAUUUUAAUUAUUUAUAAAUCAAAACCCUCUGGGUAGACGCUACUGGAGACAGUGGGAUAGUCCUGCCUUGCACAAUAUUGGAGAGCGAUCACGUACAGUAGAAGGAUAAGAGAAGCCUCUACGAGACCCGUUUGCCUUCUGUGAUCCGGCACAGUUAAAAAAAAAUGAACAAGAACAUUGCUACACUAUUGAAUUGAUUGCUAACCCCCUACCCAUCCCCCCCUGCCCCCAACAACAACAACAACAAAAAUCAGCUGGGAUCUGCUCGCACCGGGACCUCCUCUCAUUCCAUCUUGGUGGUGGAUGCAUUUUUCAUGAGCACUAGGUGAACAGGUGCAAAGUACAUUUGGAAGAUCCAGGCACGGCCCGUUUUGUAGUGUGUGUGGUGUCUCGUAGGAGAUCAUGGAGAGCAGCGACCGGGACAUGUAUCGCCAGUUUCAGGACUGGUGUCUCAGGACUUACGGGGACUCGGGGAAAACCAAGACGGUGACCCGUAAAAAAUACGAUCGGAUCGUCCAGCUCUUGAAUGGCUCCGAAUCGAGCUCCACGGAUAAUGCCAAAUUUAAAUUCUGGGUCAAAUCUAAAGGUUUCCAGCUCGGCAAUUCGGACGAGGUCAAUGGUGCUGGUGGAAGAGGGAAGCAAGUGCUGUACGUGCCAGUCAAAACCACGGAUGGAGUAGGUGUAGAUGAGAAGCUGUCUUUAAGGCGGGUAGCUGUGGUUGAAGAUUUCUUUGACAUUAUCUAUUCCAUGCAUGUGGAAACAGGGCCUAAUGGAGAACAAAUCCGAAAGCAUGCUGGACAAAAGAGAACUUAUAAAGCAAUUUCAGAGACCUAUGCCUUCCUGCCUAGAGAAGCGGUGACACGAUUUCUAAUGAGCUGUUCAGAAUGCCAGAAAAGAAUGCAUUUAAGCCCAGAUGGAGCGGAUCAUAAAGAUAAUGGAAAACCUCCAACUUUGGUGACCAGUAUGAUUGAUUACAAUAUGCCGAUUACUAUGGCCUACAUGAAGCACAUGAAACUGCAGCUACUAAAUUCACAACAAGAUGAGGAUGAAAGUUCCAUAGAAAGUGAUGAGUUUGAUAUGAGUGACUCCACCAGGAUGUCGGCUGUGAACUCUGAUCUCAGUUCUAAUCUUGAAGAAAGAAUGCAAAGUCCUCAGAAUCUUCAGAGCCAGCAAGAUGAUGAUUCAGCUGCAGAGAGUUUUAAUGGCAAUGAGACCGUGGGGCACAGUUCCAAUGCUUCAGGUGGAAUACACUGCAGGGAGAUGGCAGAAACCAACAGUAAUGGCAAAACAGAUCUGGAGCAGGAUGAGCAGCCUCUGAACCUGAGUGACAGUCCCCUCUCUGCUCAGCUGACUUCAGAAUACAGACUAGAUGAUCACAACAGUAAUGGAAAGAACAAAUACAAGAACCUCCUAAUUUCUGAUCUCAAGAUGGAAAGAGAAGCAAGAGAAAAUGGAAGCAAGUCGCCUGCGCAUAGCUAUUCCAGCUACGACUCUGGUAAGAACGAGAGCAUAGGCAGAGGUGCUGAAGAUCUGUCUCUGAACCGAGGAGAUGAGGAUGAGGAUGACCACGAUGAACAUGAAGAUGCUGAGAAGGUUAAUGAAUCUGAUGGGGUAGAAGCUGAGCGACUGAAGGCUUUUAAUAUGUUUGUCAGGCUGUUUGUAGAUGAAAACUUGGACCGAAUGGUCCCAAUCUCUAAGCAGCCCAAAGAAAAGAUCCAGGCUAUCAUUGACUCAUGCAGGCGACAAUUCCCUGAGUAUCAAGAGCGUGCCAGAAAACGCAUACGUACUUACCUCAAGUCCUGCAGGCGGAUGAAAAGAAGUGGUUUUGAGAUGUCACGACCUAUUCCCUCACACCUUACUUCAGCAGUAGCAGAGAGUAUCCUGGCUUCAGCCUGUGAGAGUGAAAGCAGAAAUGCUGCAAAAAGAAUGCGGUUGGAUAGACAGCAGGAUGAAGCUGCUCCAGCUGACAAACAAUAUAAACAAGAGCCAGCCCAGGUCACUUAUUCAACAUCCGCUGUUUCCAGCACACAGGAGGUGUUGUACAUCAAUGGAAAUGGGACCUACAGUUACCAUAGUUACAGAGGGUUAGGAAGUGGGCUGCUAAAUCUCAGCGAUGCUUCUAGCAGUGGUCCAACAGAUCUCAGUAUGAAGAGGCAGUUAGCAACCAGCUCCGGAUCCUCCAGUAGUACAAGCUCUAGACCUCAGCUGAGUCCAACUGAAAUAAAUGCAGUGCGGCAGCUUGUUGCAGGGUAUCGAGAAUCAGCAGCAUUUUUAUUGCGUUCUGCAGAUGAACUGGAAAACCUUAUUUUGCAGCAGAACUGAGUCACAUGAGCUUUGUGCUGGCCUAGUCUUAUCUCGGAGUUUCCACUAAUGACAUUUUGAGUUCCCAGAGCAGACGCUUCAGUUACUGCAGUCUUUUUAGGAGAGUUAAUUACCAUAAUGCCACACUGUUCUUGAUCCAUAAAGUGAUGUGUUAAGGUGCUUCAAGUGAACUUUGACCGCCGAUAGUUCUGAGGUACUUUAAUGUGUCCGGCCUAUUGCUUUUUGUUUUAGUGUGUCAGCAUAAAUAUAAAAAAAGUGGCUAGAGAUUGUUAACUCGUUCUAACAAGUGGAGGAAAGAGACGAUGCUGUGGUGGUAAAAAUUGGUUCAAGAUCCAAGUGCAAUAUUAGUGGAAUGUGCUACUGACUCAUUGGACUUAAAGCUGCAGUAUAUGGCAAAACGUUGCCAAAAGUCCUGUUGCCACAGGACACAAUUGCAAUGGAAAGGAUCUUGUAUUUUCAGAAAUGUAAUUUUUAUAAAAACAAAACAGAAAAAACCUUUUGUUUUCAUUCAAAAUUUUUCAUUUUUACUUUGGUAAACUUUUUCACUGGUCCUAAAAACGUUUUGAGGAGAUAUUGUAAGUCCCCCUCUUCCUCUCCAGAACCCCCUGACUCUGCCCUUCUCCCCAACUUCAUAUUCUUUCUACAACAAGUAACUCUCAAUGCUGGAUAACCCUUCCGUUGUGUACUGUAAAUUGUCAUCUCUGGAAGAACUUCGAAAGGAAGCAUGCAUUUCCUUACAUUCAUGCCAUUCUCACCUCGAUCCUGUAAUAUAUUGCAGCAUUAUUAUCAGUUAAUAGAGAUGAGGGGUUUUUUAAAAGACAUAUCAUUUAAAAAAAAUUGGUUUCUUACAGCUAUCUCAUUUAACUCCGUGAUCGCUGCUGCUGUCUUGAACAAGUCCCUUGAGUAGCGAUUGGAUGUAGAUGAUUGAAUGUUAAGAGGUUGCAAGUGACAAUCUGAAAAUUUGCACUCCUGUGUUUAUUUAUUUAUUUAUUUAUUCCUUUAAACAAAAUACUUACAGAAAAAAGGCCAUUGACAUUUCUGGAGUGAUUUGUGUAAUGCCCACACCUAGCUGAAAACUCUACAAAAACUAUAAAUGGAUGCAGCUGCAACUUUAAUUAAACUCUUCUCUCCUCUCCCCAAUUUUUCCCAUCCCCUAUUUCUUCUUUUAUAAGGUUGAAUACACAUUAAUGGUGUUUUUUUGUGCACUAAGGCAAGCUUAUUUUUGAAUAUAUAGAGACAAGUACUUUUGUUCAUGCUUACUGUACUAUUUGUUCUGUUUAGCUUUUGUUGAAUAACAAGUUCCUUGUGCAUUCCUGAAUUUGCCUUAUUUCAUGUACAAAUUUUUAUGUAAUUCAGUUUUUGACAAUGAGUUGAAGGCAUCAGUGAUAUUUUAUAUCUACUUGUUACAUAUAGUUUUCCAAGUAAUGACUGUGAUUGUGACCCGGUAAUGUGCACUUUUUCUUGUAAUGUGGACAUUGCUAUGCUUUUUUCCCCUCUAGUGUUUCUAGAAUUACUAUUGCUUACAGUUAUGUAAAGAAAACAAAAAAGAAAAAAAGAACUUUUGUGAUACUGUUGGUGAAUAUUAAUGUGAAAAAGGCUAUGAAAUAUGAGUAUUUUGGAGGUACAUAGAUACACAAACAUCUAUCUAAGUUGUGAACUAAUGUUCACAAGUUUAAAUGAAAAUUCAAAAACUGAGGGCUGGAAUGAUUUCCUCUGUUUUGUUUGGGUAAAUAAACAGAUUUCUGUGUUUAA